AUGCAGGUCACAUAUGUGUGUAUUCCGAAGCUGAGAAACGCGUGUCGGUACCUGAAAGGCCAGCAGACGCGAGAUGCUAACCGCAGCGAUAUCCCAAACAGCUACCUGCGUCAGCUUCAGUCGCAAGCUAGAGCGGCGAGACAAGGGUCAGAGCACAGACUUACUCUUCCACCUCUGUCAUCGGACUCCACUCCAAGCCAAAACACCCCGUAUAGCAACGCCAGUCAGAGCACUCCGCCUGACCGGGAUGAUUGGUGGUAUAAUGGAACGGAUAAUCUUUUCUUAAAUCGAUCGGGCGAACAUCACUAUGUUGGCCCUGCUUCAGCGGUCGCGCUGGCCAAGCGAUUGCAUCCGUCAUCAACCAAUCUCGCAUGGGACGUGCGUCCUCUGUACGAUGAUCCUUCGUCUCUGCGCCGUUCCGUCACUCGGGCUCUGCCGCAGCUGCCACCGUUCGAAUUCGCCAAGCGAUUGUUCUGGGUGCAAUAUGCCUACAUUGGAACUAUCUUUUCCCUGAUCCAGCCUGAGGAUUUCGAAGAACGACUCAAUUUCGUCUAUCAUCACCCUCCUGACUUCUCAAACCGAGAGUCAUGCCUUGUUUAUUGUCAAGUCCUCCUUGUCAUUGCCUAUGGGCUCAUGUAUUCAGUGAACCAAUGGUCAGGAGAUGAGGGCCCGCCUGGCUUCAAGUACUUUAAGCAUGCCUUGCGUUUUCUGCCUGAUAUUCAUGAGGAAGGCUCGAUAUUCUUCGUCGAGGUUUUGUGCUAUGUUGCUUAUUACAUGCAGAAUCUGAACCGGCGUGAUGCUGCGUUUCUAUAUAUUGGCCUCGCGCUUCGCAUGGCCAUCUCUUUAGGACUCCAUCAGGAGGUGUCACAUCCCGAUGUGAGUGAUGCAGAUCGCUAUCGACGACGGCGAGCAUGGUGGUUACUUUCUGUCAAGUCCGGGAAUCCAAUCACUAUCCAGGAUGAAGAUAUUGGGACAAUGUGGCCGAUACCUGAAGGCGGUCCUACAGCUGUUCCAUGGCCGUCAGUCGUUCUCACUCACUACACCCAAUUGUCUCGCAUUCUGGGCAGAAUUGAGAUCUACCGCAAGAAACCUCGAUCCGGGUCUAAUCUCCUGGCAUCGGUACAGAGCAUUACAAACGACCUGUCUGACUGGCUCCGACAAGUGCCAGAUCGCUUACGCAUUGACUUUACCACACUAGAUACGCAUAUUAAUCGCGAAUCAGUCUCCAUAUUCCUUCACUUUUACUCAUGCAUCAACAUGACUGCCAGACCUCUAGUGUUCUAUGUAAUCCAGAGGCGACUGGAUGCAGGGACCGGAGGACCAGCCACAAAUGACUGGAAAGACGGCCUGUCGCAAAACACAGUUGCAGUCAUUGACAGUUGCAUCACCGCAGCUCGAGCCACGACGCUCAUCAUGGACGCUGCAGCAAGGCACAAUUUGGUUGCAACCUACGGCUACUUGGAUGGCGAAUACAUCUUCUCUGCCGCUCUGCUGCUGAUCAUGGUCAAUGCGGCCUUUCCGCACAAUGAGACAAAUGCGAGAACCAUGGAAAUGGCACUGGAUCUGUUGCGCAGCAUGGCAGAUCGAGGAAAUACGUACCUCGGGUCUCGUCACUCCUUACUGCUAGAACUUCGGGCCUCUAUUGGAUCCAAUCAACUGUCCAAGGAGGAGCUUGAUUUCAAUGCUCCUGUAACACCUAGCAGCAAUCAGCAGCGCAGUCCUCCUGACGCCGUUAUAAGAGGUGAUGAUACAAGGGCCGGUCCCUCGGAUUGGCCAAUCCAGCAGGAUAUCACGUUCCAUCUUGAUAUCAAUGAGGAUCCAGGAUUGUGGGAAGAGGUUCUUGGUCAGAUCGAUAUUGAUAUGGACACUGACUGGAUUGAGAAUACUUUGAGAAGGCAAGACAACGAUUGA